AAGUGCUUCUUCUUCCUUUUGCCUUCUUUUUUCCCAUAAUAGUGCUUGCAAGUUAAUGGUAGUAGCAAAUUGCCUACUGCUUCCAAAGGGAGUUGUUGCUGUUGUUAAUGGAGUUGCUGUUGUUAAUGGAGGUGCUGUUGGUGUAGGGACUAUUGGUGGAGCCGUGGAGGUGCUGUUAGUGCAGGCACUGUUGGUGCAGGCGUUAGAGCUACAACGAGGAUUCUUCUAUCUCCAACUCUUGUAGCCCUCUUUUGAGCAUAUCUAAAAAACAAAAUUCUUUCACUUUUAUGUUCAGGCUAUAAUAAACAUUAAUUGCAUUA